ACCUUGGAAAAAGGAAAACCGUAAACUGAAAUGCAUCAUACGCAGCAAAGGAGACAUUCCCCGUAGAUAGGCGAAAAAUUGUACAUCCUCCUCGUACGUUUGUCCAACUAUUAUCAAAUCAUGCUUAGAUUCAUCUCUUCUCCCAAAUCCAAAUCCUCAAAAUCCGCUUUAUGCAACUCGGUCGCUGUUCAUGUCCCACCUUUUUACCCGCCGUCUGACGCCUCUCCUCGUACGCAGUCCCGUGCUAGAAAUCUUCACUCAUGUUUGGAUUCCUUGUACUCGACAAGAACUUCGGUUUUAAGUCGAAGAAGAGAAGGAUUUUUUUCAGCUGCGUUCGAAAGAAUCCGUCCGAGAAUUGCAGAAUUUGGUCGGAAUGGAAUUGGGCUUUGGAGGUGCCUUGGUCCGGCUUCGGGAGUGAAGAGUUUCUGCACGGAAACCGUGAGCCGAGAGUCGUUGAAUUAUGACGUGGUGAUUGUUGGGGCAGGGCCUGCUGGGUUAUCAGCAGCUAUAAGAUUGAAACAACUUUGCAAGGAGAAGGAUGUUGAUUUAUCAGUUUGUGUUGUGGAGAAGGGGGCUGAAGUAGGUGCUCAUAUACUAUCAGGAAAUGUGUUUGAACCUCGAGCAUUGAAUGAGCUUCUGCCAAACUGGAAACAGGAAGAGGCACCUAUCCAUGUUCCUGUUUCUUCUGAUAAAUUUAUGUUACUUUCUAAAAGCCGUGCUUUCUCCUUGCCUUCACCAUUCAAUAACAAAGGAAACUAUGUCAUAAGUUUGAGUCAGUUAGUGCGUUGGCUGGGACUAAAGGCUGAAGAAUUAGGAGUUGAAAUUUACCCAGGCUUUGCAGCCCAUGAGAUUCUGUAUGACACUGAUGGCAAAGUUAUUGGUAUUGCAACCAAUGACAUGGGAGUGGCUAAAGAUGGCUCUAAGAAAGACAAUUUUCAACCCGGUGUUGAGUUGAAGGGUCGGGUGACACUGCUUGGAGAGGGCUGUCGAGGUUCUCUGUCAGAGACAGUGAUUAAAAAAUUCAACUUGCGAGAGAAAGGGGAAGGGCAACACCAGACUUAUGCUUUGGGGAUUAAGGAGGUUUGGGAAGUUAAUACUGACAAGCAUCAACCUGGCUCUGUACUACACACACUAGGCUGGCCAUUGGAUCCGAAGACCUAUGGGGGAUCUUUCUUGUAUCAUAUGAAAGAUAGGCAGGUGGCUAUUGGAUUUGUGGUUGCAUUAAACUAUCACAAUCCUUUCUUAAACCCAUAUGAAGAGUUUCAGAGAUUUAAGAAUCACCCUGCUAUAAGACCACUGCUCGAAGGAGGUACUGUCCUCGAGUAUGGUGCUCGCACAUUGAACGAAGGUGGUUAUCAGUCUAUACCAUAUCCAGUUUUCCCUGGUGGAGCAAUCAUUGGAUGUUCUGCAGGCUUCCUAAAUGUACCAAAAAUUAAAGGAUCCCACACUGCCAUGAAAUCAGGAAUGCUAGCGGCAGAAUCUGUAUUCCGCACACUGCAUGAAGGCUCGCCAUUAGAGGACUUAUGGGAUGCUUUAAGAAAAUCCUGGAUAUGGGAAGAACUUUAUAAUGCAAGAAACUAUCGACCAGCAUUUGAGUAUGGUCUUUAUGGUGGUUUGGUACUCAGUGCUUUAGAACAUUAUAUAAUGAGGGGAAAAUCUCCGUGGACUCUGAAGCAUGGAAAACCUGAUCACGAAGCAACCGAUGAAGCACGAUUCUGGCAACCAAUUGACUAUCCAAAGCCUGAUGGUGUAGUUUCGUUCGAUGUACCAACUUCGCUGUAUCGGAGCAACACAAAUCAUGAUCACGAUCAACCAUCUCACCUUCGACUGAGGGACUCAGAAAUCCCCGAACAAGUAAAUUUACCUGUGUAUGCUGCGCCAGAGUCAAGAUACUGCCCAGCACGUGUCUACGAGUACAUAGCAGACGAGAACGGCCAUCAAAAGCUACAAAUCAAUGCUCAAAACUGUCUGCACUGCAAGGCUUGUGAUAUUAAGGACCCUAAACAGAAUAUAAAGUGGACAGUGCCAGAAGGUGGAGGUGGACCAGCCUACACACUCAUGUAAAUUCAUUCUUAGCCAAGACUUACAUAUGCCUGCAUACAUAUCUAUCUAUCUAUCUAUCUAUCUCCAUAUAUAUAUAUAUAUAUACAUAUAUAUGAUGUGAUUUAAUAAAUUCUGAUAAAAGGGGAGUUACCCUUUCCACUAAUAAGUUACCCUUUCCAAAAUA